CACCGCCCCGCGCGGGGUCCGGCCGGGCAGUCAGGCGGUGUGGACUUCGUGCCGUUGCCUCCCGCGCGGCGUGCCCAGGCAGCGCCCGGAAACCCGCUCGCCAUGUCGGCUGCGGAGGCGGAGGGUGUUUUCCACAGAGCCCGGGGCAGGACCCUGGACGCGUUUCCUGCAGAGAAAGAAAAGGAAUGGCAAGGCCCGUUCUAUUUCCUGCAAGGCGCAGACCCGCAGUUUGGGCUGAUGAAGGCCUGGUCCACCGGGAACUGUGACAGCGGCGGUGACGAGUGGGGACAGGAGCUCCGUCUCACUGAGCAAGCCGUCCAGGCCAUCAACAGGCUGGACCCCAAGCCCAAGUUCUUUGUGCUGUGCGGAGACCUCGUCCACGCCAUGCCGGGCACGCCCUGGCGGAAGGAGCAGACGCAAGACCUGCAGCGGGUGCUCCGGCAGCUGGACAGAGACAUCCCGCUGGUCUUCGUCAGCGGCAACCACGACGUGGGCAACGUCCCCACGGCCGAGACCAUCGAGGAGUUCCGCCAGACCUGGGGAGACGACUACUUCAGCUUCUGGGUCGGGGGCGUCCUGUUCCUGGUCCUCAACUCCCAGUUCCUGUUCGACGCGUCCCAGUGCCCGGCCCUGAAGCAGGCCCAGGACCGGUGGCUGGAGCAGCAGCUGAGCGUCGCCGGGCAGCGGAAGUGCCGCCACGCCAUCGUCUUCCAACACAUCCCACUGUUCCUGCAGAGCAUGGACGAGGACGAUGACUACUUCAACCUCACCAAGCCCGUGCGGCAGGAGAUGGCCGACAAGUUCAUUGAAGCAGGCAUCACAGCCGUGUUCGCCGGCCACUACCACAGGAACGCUGGGGGCACUUACCGGAACCUGGACAUGGUGGUGUCAUCGGCCAUCGGCUGCCAGCUGGGCAGGGACACCCACGGGCUCCGGGUCGUGGUGGUCACCGCGGAGAGCGUGGUUCACCAAUACCGCAGUCUGGACGAGCUGAGUGAGAAGGGGAUAGGAGACGAGCUCAUGGAUCUGUUGAAGAAGAAAUGACGGCCGCGUGUGAGCUGUUGCGCGCCUCUCUAACAUGGUUCCAUGUUUUGCCAGAUACACCAGUGCCCGAGCCCCUUCCUGGAAUCUAAAUGCAGCCUGGGCAGGUUUUUCUUUUCCUGUCCUGUGGCAUCAGCAGAGAGCUGGGUCCUCAGUCCCAUCUGAAACAGCACCGCCCGCCCUCUGCGAAGCCGGGAGGACACCCAGGAGCAGGUGUUUUUUAGGAAAAUGCUGUCAGGCUGUCUCUGCCUGGGUGUUUGAAUAAAUUUACCUAAUGCUGUGUUUCUCCACUCUGCUGUUCUUUGCUUGCCACCCACGAUCCAUGUCUGCCUGGCCACCCCAAGCCCACCUCGAUGCCUGCGGGUGACCCGCGAUCAUUCCCUGAGCACGUCAGACCGCCCGACUCCCAGAUGCUGGCCAAACACAGGUUGUGCCCUUUCCCUCCUUAGCAGGAGUAGCAGCGCCUCCCACUGCCAGGGCCCGGAGCACUUCCUUUAACAAGGAGCCCAGGAGCCAGCCCUCCCUGUCACAUCCCAGCACUUAGAUUACCCCUGACACGGGGACGGAACGAAGUAGACACAGAGCUGGAGUGGGCCUUGUUGGAGACCAGAAAAGUCACCUCUGCACACCAAGUGGCCUGGUGAGAAAAAUCCCACCCAAGAUAGCAGAACCAUGGUGCCGAGUCUACCCAGGAAGUCCCUGGCAGCACGGGCAGCUCCCUUUGCGUGCCCAUGCCAGUGCCGGGGAGCAUCCCGGACGGGUCUCCUCGCGGGAUGCCGGUGCCCCUCCUCCUCGGGGGAGCCUCCUCCAGAAAAAGUCAGAAUGCACGCAGGAUUCUCAGGAGCCACAAGGCAGAGAUGCCUGGAGACACAAGCACGUGAUUCCGGCCACAUUACUGAAACCGGCGCUGGGUUCCUUGAGACGCAAGCCAGUGCCACGUCCCUUGCCAGAGAGGGUGGUAGGUUAAAAUCGGCAUUGUUUGUGCGUAGUCGGCUCAGCCACACGUGCCCAGCAGCUCCUGGCUGCAGUGUGAAUCCGUCCACGUGGUCUUUUCCAGCGGUUGUCCUGGUGGACGAGUGAUUCCAGUCCUUGAAAUCCUCCCAGAAAAAAAAAAAAAAACAAAAAAAAAAAACCAGUGUUACUGCAACAGCUCAGUCACCCUAAACCGGAGUUAAAACUGGGGACCAGAGACCUGCAAAGCCCACUGCGCCCAGAGACUGUGUUGGGAAGCAUCCUUCGCCACAGCACAGCUUAAGCAGAGAGAGACCGGGGUCUGUAAAUUCACAGGGAACAAAAGCAUUGGAGGUAAUGACUCUGCAGAUCUUGACACCCCAGAGCUCAUCGGUGCACGGCACAAGAAAAUUAAGACUGUUCAGCGCUAAAAUGGGCUUCCUUGAGGGUCUUGCCACAUUCUUGCUUUUGUGUUUGUGUCUCUUGGUGUCGGGUGUGGGUAGAAGACACCAAGGAGGGGCGUGCUUGGGGAAUCAGCCCCCCCCCCCCUUUGGGAGCCAGGACCACCCAGCUCAGGAACACGUGGGCGCCGGCGCCCUCUCUGCCGAGUUGCUCCGUGGGAACCAGUGGAUGUGAUGGAAGCACAGUGUGUUUUACUCAUCCCUCCCUCCUCCCAGAACCUCGAGGGUGAAAGAGCUGGUUCAGGGCACCUCCAAGAAGAUGCUGGCUAAGAAGAGGAAAGCUUAUGAAAUCCCCAACAGUUUUUAAACAGCCAGGCUCCCACCGGUGAGUGGUUCGAGUGCGUGGCGCUCAGCGGAUGGAUCAUCACCUAACGAGUCCUUCGUCUUUAAGCAAACAAUAUUUGAGACAAAAUGCAUGUGCCUUCCACUGUGAAAAACAAGAGGCUUCCUGGUGAGGAGCGCCGUGGUUGGCAUGUUUACCGUGGGGCUCGGGGAAGGUGGAGUCUCAUGGCCAAGGUCCACCCCUGGAGCCCGUGCCCCCGUGUUUUCCCAUGACUCUCUGGGGGUGAGCAGUCUCACCUGAUGCUGCCCCCUACCGACCCCCAGCCACCUGAUCGCUCUGAUUGGGGGGAAAAAAACAAAAGGGAAAGAGGUACACAGGUCUGGACGGUCAGGACUGGGAAGGGCGAGCUUACGGAUGGGGCGGGACAUCACAGCUUCCUUUAUGUCACUUUCUAUAGUAAGUUUAUCUCACAUCCGCAGUCGAGUUUCUCCCAAGUCCGUGGAGAACGGGGGCCAUCUAGGGAACUUUACAUCGCUAACACGUUUUGUCCUGUCCUCUGAUUUUCGGCACGAUGAGCUCAUCACUGCUGGUGGACCAGGCAGAGGCUCGUGGUGUGCCUGGUGCUCACCAGGCCCAUUUACUUUAUAAGCCUGUUAGGGCAUAGCAGCGUACGUCACUGUGUAAUACAGUUUGGUAUGAGAGUCGACAUCCUCGAAUAUCUUAUGGGCAACGCAGCAGAAACCCCGUCUGCCUUCACUCGAACUCUUACCACUCAGUCCCCAAGCUGUACACGGCCCGGCCCUGUGUAGGCGCAGAGUGGAGCAGCAGUGCUGUGUUGAGCCGAGAGAGGGGAAGGGGGCGGGAGAAGGCCUGGGCACAGCAUGUGGAGCGAGUUUUAGUGGAAGCUCUUUGUGAUCGACACCAGGGACCACUGCUGCAGGUGAGCUCACCGGCUAGGGGCUAGGGUCAACACACGGGAGAGAGUGCUUCACAGGUCGUGCUGAGUUUUCCUCUUUAAUAGAUGGCUUGCUUCCUGCGAUAUUGUCUCAUGCCACUGGAGAGCUCCUGUGUGUGUGUGCGUGUGCGUGUGUGUAAAAUAGAAGACUUUCCUUCCUGAUGCAUUGGCACGAAUGCAUGAAUGUUAAGUUCCUGUCCCCGCCCCCCAACCACACAUCUGUGUCGCCCUCGGGGCAAACCUGAGACACAUGGGGGAUGCAUCGAGUUUUUCUCAGAACCCCAUCUGUUAAGGAAACAAAGAAGAGCAGUUCCCUGGAGGGUGGGGAGCCAGGCUGGGCCUAGAACACUCUGGUUUUUCAUAAGAAUUUCACACCAGUCUCUGGCAGACCCCAUGGCACCUGGGAGCAGAACGGCAGAGGGGGGGCAGCCAAAGCUUCAAGAAUUGAACGGAACCGAGAGUCAGUGCCCGGAGCAGGCAACAGAGCUCAGAUUACCGGCGAAAGUCAGAGACUCGGCAUCCUGCAGAGGGAAGAACGCAGCCCUGGUUCCCCACCCCAUCAUGCCACAGCUGUGGGAAUUCUCACCCUCGGACGGUAAACCCGCUGUGGUCCCAGUGCUCCGGGAAGGAACAACGAACAUACAAGGAAGUCACAUGUCAAUUUCAGAACUGAAAAAAAAAAAUCAAAUUUAAAAAUGCCCUGGAUGAGCCAAGCGGAAUGGGGAUCAGAGAAAAUGGUGCGUGAGGGAACAUGGGGGCGGCGACGGGAAUUACCCACUGCGGGGCCGGCACAGGCACAGCCCUCAGCACAGCUUGGGACGCCCUCGUCUCUAAGAGUCCCUGAGUUCUAGUCCCACCCCCACUGCCCGUCCAGCUUCCUGGGAAGAGGCCCGCUGCCGCCUGUGUGGGAGGCCAGGAUGGAAUUCCAGGCCAUUUGGGGAGUAAACCAGCGAAUGGAAGAACUUACUGUGUCUGUCUCUGCCUUUCAAAUAAAAUGAAAACGAUUAUUUUUUAUUAGCCACUCUGAAAUACAAAGACCAAAAGAUGGAGGAGAAGAAAAAUUAAGCAAAGCUUCAGGACCUACCGGUACAGCGUCGGAAGGUGUAGUGUUCAGGUUCUACGAGUCCCAGAAUAGAAGAAAGGAUGGAGCGGGAAAAAAAUAUUUGGAGAAGUUAUAGCCAACAACUUCCCACGUUUGGUGCAAGACGAAACUUUCAAAUCCAGAGGUUCAGCCCGCACAGAAGGUCCGAGCCAUAAAACAAAGUUGCCACUGCAUUGGGCUUUAUAAACUCUCUGCUCUUCAGAGGUACUAAGAAAAUAAAAGGCAAGCCCCGGGCUGGAGUGGUGCACAGGUGACAGGUUUAUCAUAAAAGAUUCACAUCCAAAAUCCAUCAGAGCUGUCGCAUCUCAAUUAAAAAUUGACUUUUAAGUUGGAAGACAUUGGAAUACAUACUUCACAAAUGUGAAUGGCAAAUAAGUACCUGAAAAAGUGCUCAACAUCGUAGCCACUGUGGAGCUUAAAGCAUCAAAACCAUGAGGUACCAUCUCUCACCAGGGUGGCUGAAAUGACAAAGAUUAAUGAUGUCAAACGUGGGAUAAGCCACUGCCUCACAGAGCCAGCAUCCCAUGUGUCCACCGGCCCAAGUCCUGGCUGCUCCACUUCCAACCCAGCUCCCUGCUAUGGCCUGGGAAAGCAGUGGAGGAUGGCUCAAGUGCUUGGGCUCCUGCACCCACGUGGGAGACCCAGAGGAAGCUCCUAGCUCCUGGCUUCGGUCUGGCCCAGCCCUGGCCAUUGUGGCCAUUUGGAAAGUGAACCAGCAGAGGGAAGACCUCUCUCUCGGUCUCUCCCUCUCUAUCUCUGCUUUUCAAAUAAAUAAAUCUUUAAAAAAAUAAUAAUGCUAAAUUUGGUGCAUCUCGACUCGUAUCUGAUGCGAUUUCAAAUAAUUCAUGGAAAAAUGAAAUAAAAACAUUAAUUUUGUUGCAAAAAACUGAAAUUCUUGCAUAGUUUUUCAUAAUUACAUUUCUGUGAAUUUUUUCAAGACCGCUCAAAUGUGUGGAUUUCAGAUUUUUCUUGCAGCAAAAUAAACUUGCCUCUCAGUUCCACCCUUACAGACUUUCCCAGGGCCCCUCACGCAUCCCUGGUGAGACACAAAGUAGUACAGCCAGGCUGGAAAAGUUUCCUUUAAAAGUGGAUGCCACCCUAGGACCCAGGAAUUCCACUCUCUGAUGUUUACCCAGGAAAACUUACGCAUAGGUCCAUGUACACCUUGAACAUAGGUGUUCAUAGCAACCCACGUGCCUAUCAACACCGAAUGGGAAAUAUCACUAUGUUCCUAAAUCUGUAUGUAUAAAAUAUAUGAAAU